AUGUCGGACGCAACUUCUACCACUAUCGAAAAGGCGCCAGCUCUGAUCACAACAGGGCUUGUAGCCGUUACCGUUAUAUUCCCAAUAUUAUCUCUAAUAGGGAUAUGUUUUCGUUACAAAGUUCAGCGCCGCCCGGGACAGCAUCUUAUGGCAGACGAUUGGUGGCUUGCGGUCGCAUGGCUCUCCGCAUUGGCCAUGAGUAUAAUAGUAUGGACUUUUGCGGGACUUGCAGGCGUCAAUUUCUAUACUAUCGAUCUGUCGACUGCUACUAGAGAUGCCAACUUGUGUCUUUGGAUCGCUAGUUGGUUCAACCAGAUUGCUUUGACAACGGUCAAGAUCGCUCUUCUCCUCUUCUAUAAACGAAUAUUUUCUGUGAAGAGUUUCCAUGUUGUCGUAUGGAUUGCGAUUUCUGCCGUUUCAUGCUGGGGCAUAAUAUUCUUUUGGCUCACGAUCUGCUGGGGCAAACCCAUCUCUAAAGCAUACACAGGAGUGGGUAUAUGGCGGUAUGAUGUUACCGCAACUAGUCUGGCAAAUGUUGGAUGCAGCAUCUGCCUCGACAUCCUCGUACUAUGUUUGCCCCUAUUCGUCAUCUCUAGGUUACGUUUACCUACGAAGGAGAAGAUUGCUAUCGCUCUGAUCUUCUGGCUCGGUAUUUUCUGCUGCGUCUGUUCCAUUGUGAGGCUUGUCCUUUUGCACAAGGUGCUAUAUGAGGUCGUUGACUCGGCGGGCAACAUUGGUGUUCAAUCUACGCAAUCCUGCUUCUUGAUCAUCGAGCCUCAUUGUUCUAUUAUUGCAGCAUGUCUGCCUUGCUAUGGCCCGCUAUUGGCCGGUAUGAGAGGCCCUGAGUCGAUGCUACAUAGCUUUCGCUCUAUCUUCUCACUUCAAAGCAUGGAUGCAACACAUUCGAAUAACAGAACCCGCAAGCCAGAGGAAAACGCAACAACCAUAUGCAUCACGCGAAAGUUGCCUUAAGGAAUUACUACUAUUGUCAACAAACCUGAGUUGCCCUGAGCCCUCCUGAGCCGGUGCUGCUUUGACCUGAGCCAAGGGUGAGCCUCCGGCACAGACCCAAGUUCCUUAUUUUUGGCCAUAUUGGUUAAAAUUACCGCUUAUAAAAAGUAAAACCACAUACUUACAUAGUGAUUGUGGGGGUC